CAUUGAUAAGAGUAUGAAUUCAGUCGAUGAAAUAAUAUUAGUUCAGUAACAUACACCGAUUAUAUGUUAUUGCUAUACCACAUGUCAAAUCAGGACAAUAAGUAUGGCUACUACGGUUCUAUCGCUUACGUACGUACUCCUAUGUACUCGUACCGGCCAGUACGUCGUGUGACAGAGCCACAUCAGCCACCAAAUGUGACCGCCCGAAUCGAUGGGAGACGAGGAAAUACUAGACAAGCCGUUACUAUUCAACAAGACACGGCACAGUCCACUACAAUACCAGUCACUAAGACACCAGAGGAUACAAGACCGGAUAAUAUUCAAUGGAUUCUAGCUAAUACGAGAACAGUUAAAACUCUUCGAAACAAAGUAUUAGUGGCAGGACAUGAAGGCAAGGACGGUAGUCCAUUUUGCAUCAUUAGAGCGAACCACAUCGAUGCAUUAAUUCCAGGAAAACUGGCUAUUAAACAAGGAUCUGCAUGUAUAACCCAUAACAGUGCAGAAGUUCAAGUAAAAAAAUUCGAGGUGUUAUGUGCCAACCCUGAUGAUGUGUGCUGGCUUUCAAAUAGUGACGGCAAGGUACCACCCGGAGCCGUCGCUGCUGGCUACACCCAGGCUGGUGAAACACUCUAUAUCGGGAGAGUAAAUAAUUUAAAAUCUGUCAUCCCAGGCAAAAUUCAGCCCAGUAACAAGUGCUGCUUCAUUUCAGUCGACGGAAUAGAAAUUUGGUACAAAAAAUAUGAAGUUCUAUGCGAAAAUAUUCACUACGGGAUAGCGACGCAAUCCAACUGCCACCAAACACCUUGCUGUGAAGCAGUGUUUUGUGUGGGGGGUUAUAGGGUCAGUAAAAAUAGAUACAGGGUUGAGAGGCAAAACUUCUUAGUCUUCCGGAAUGGAACCGUGUCGUUGAGUAUUAAUAUUGGCGCCGAGUCUUGUCUACAAUUUCGAUACACACAAGAAGCUAUGCAGAUCGUCCCUCACUACUGCUUCGAUAUACAGCAGUGUAUAGAACUUAUAAUGAAAACAAAGACCCUUACAAAUUAUGUUAUACUCGUACUCUUACAAGACUUAUCCCAACACGUAGACCAAUACUGUGUUUUUGUAUAUUACAUGCAGUGUUAUUGUUGUUCAACUAAAAAUUUAACGAGUUGCCUUGUCAUGGCAUACUUACAACCACCAGGAUCACCGCCGCAAUACAGACGGUAUUCUGCUCGACCAAAGCCCUCUUCUUCAAUUUAUAUGGCUCCUGGCUCAGUUACUUGCGUAAUAUCCCCAACCAUUGUAGUAUUUCCACACCAAGUAACUGUCAAGUCUCAUUCCCAGCAGCAGCCGAAAGAGACUUACGACAGAUUUUUUUAUCAUAAACCAAGACUACAUUCAAACAAUUUCGUCGAAAAAGAUCCCAUUAACUGGGUGUCCUCUACGAUAGACAGAGUCCACGAUAUUCAAGAUGAAGCACUUUUAGCAGGAAUAGAUGAAGUAGAUGGCAGUCCACUUUACAUCAUUAGAAUGUACCAUAAGCGAGAUUUAAUUCCUGGGAAAUUAGCAAUUUCACGCAGGGAAGCAUAUUUACCCUAUGGAGGGAAAGAAGUCAAAGUGAUCAAUUUUGAGGUGUUAUGUGUUCCUAAUAGUGCUGUCCGCUGGAUUAGUUCUAGUCGUGGUAAGGUACCACCUGGAGCAAUACCUGCUGGUCAAUCGGCUGAAGAGAUUCUCUAUAUUGGCCGAGUAAAGCAUAUGUCCUCCAUUACCCCGGGCAAAGUUCACCCUAGUCACAAAUGUUGCUACAUUUCAUUCGGAGGAAAGGAAAUUUCAUACACUUCCUAUGAAGUUCUGUGCAGUUUUACUGGUAUUGAAUGGAUUUCGUCUUCUCCAACCUCAUUUCUACAUCUUCGAGCGCUAAAGGUGGGCAACUAUUGUAUAAUAAGAGCGCACCAUGAGCGAGAAUUAGUUCCAGGAUCACUAAACAAAAUAGAAAAAGUCGCAUAUAUACCCUACGGUGGAAGAGCAGUGCCAGUAAAUAAUUUUGAGGUGUUAUGUGCCAAGGGUAGUGAUGUGCGCUGGCUCACAUGCAGUGCCGGCAACAUACCUCCCGGAGCUAUCGCCGCGGGCCGCUCACAAAACGGUGAACAAUUAUAUGUCGGCAGAGCACACCAUAGAAAUUUAACCAUUCCUGGCAAAGUACACCCUAGUCACAAAUGCUGCUACAUUCCUUAUUCAGGGGCUGAAGUUCCGUGCCAGACAUAUGAAGUUCUAUGUAAAAUGUACGCUUAA